UUGUAUCAUUUAUCCCUUCUCUUUUUUAGGUUAUGUUAGCAUCAUUGCCCGACAGAAAGAAACCAGUGGCAAUUAAAAUUCUUAAGAAAGAAAACAUCAAGCUUAAAGAAAGAUAUGAGACUGAAGUGAAGGUGAUGAAGCUGGCUUGGAAAUGUCCUUUCCUGUGCAACAUCCAUGCAGCAUUCCAAACACAGCUGCAUGCCUUCAUUGUGAUGGAAUAUGCAAGUGGAGGAAGCCUACAAGAUCUUCUCAACAACAGAGGCUAUCUGGACAUGGACUCCGUACUGUAAGUGACAUACAGCCUGGGGAGGUGCUUUUCUUCAUGUAGCA